UCAUUAACGGGAGAACACAUGGUGUGUUCUAAGCCCAAAAUAAUUAAUAAAAAAGAGAAUAGUGGGCUUAGAUCAAAUUUUCUGGUCUUGAGUGAGAACUGAUCUAAAGCCCUGUUCUCAAUUGUUUUCUGUAACGUGAUUGGUCGAGAUGUUUUGGAGAGAGAAAAAUAUUCUUUCUUACCGCCGCCGUUACCUUCACCGUCUCCAGUAAUCAGCAUCUCCGUCGCCGAUUUGCUCAAGCGUCCCCCUAGUAAAGACUGGUUUUGUCGGUAUUUAGAUCGACGUUCUUCCAAAACCAAUAAAGUUCCUUCUUUGACCGACGGGUCUUCUUCUGUUGAGCUUGGUUCUCCUUUGAGGCACAAAAUCAUUGAAAUGGGACUUCAAGGGACUAUGACUAAGAAAGAUAGCGAGGAACACCUUUCCUCACACGAAGAAGAUGAGAGGCCGCUGAUCGGUGGUAGAGGUAAAGAUGAAGUGCAGACUCUGAAACAGGGGAAAGCUAUCACUACAAAGCAGAUUGCAAUGUACGGGCUUUACCUCGCACCAAUUUGGUUUGUAACAGAGUUGAUAUUUGUGUUUAGCAACGGGCAACGGUCCCUUAUGGGAGAUCUCUUUGGACUUCUCUCUGCAGUCUCAUAUGGACUAUUUACAGUGCUUCUUAAGAAGUUUACUGGUGAAGAAGGAGAAGGGGUUGAUGUGCAAAAGCUGUUUGGAUACAUUGGACUAUUCACACUUGUUGCUCUUUGGUGGCUUGUGUGGCCAUUGACAGCACUAGGGAUCGAACCCAAGUUUACGAUACCACACUCUGUAAAAGUUGAUGAAGUAUACAUUUGGUGGAUCCUUUAAUGAUUUAUGCUCGUAGGCAUUUUCUUUUCCCUCCGCUUAGUAUUGAAGACUAUAACGACCUCCUUUGUUUUCACUAAUAAGUUUGCUCCAAGCUUGUAUAAACAGACUAUUGGUGUUUGUUCUGUUUCAUGAUUCUGCUACAUAGUUUUAUAUCUUUCGUUUGGGAUAAACUGCUCAUGUGAUAAUACAUUAGUUAGUAACAUCUUCAUUUUGUUUGUCCAAA